AACACAAAUAACAACGACGAUCCGACACUAAAUACGGCUUUAUUUUGAAGUCUUACGGAAACGAGGACGCGUUCAUCAUCGCCUCUUGGUUCAUCUGACGCAGGCUUCAAACUGUCUGUCAAAAGACACGUAUUAUCAAAUUUCAUUAUAUCCUGUGUUUAUAUUAAUUUUAUUCUUCUGAGAAUUAUCGAUUCAUUUUCCCUGUUUUGAGCUUUAAAAUAAACAUUUCCUGCUUCUUCGUUUACCAGGCCUUAAAACCUUUUACAAUACUGUCAAUACACUUGUGGAUUUAUUUGCCCAAGAUCAGGAAAGUCUUCUGUAUCUGGUUCAAUGUCAAACAGUUGAUUCAAUCAAGUUCUUUUAACAUUUUCUCAUUUUAUCAGAAUACGUGUGUGUCACCACCCUGCCAACACAAACACAGCUUUUACUUAAAACACAAGCCAUUUUAGCAUUCACACAAGAAGCUUGAAUUGUUUCUGGACACUAGUUCUGGAAUUGAGUCCUUCAUUGAUCUCAGAUUAGAUUUACAUCAGGACAGUUUCCAGGGCCAUUCCAAAACAUUUACUGGGUCCAUGUGACGUCCGAUCUGUGACAGGAAGCCCUAAAAAAACAUUUUUUAGCUGAUAAUGUGUUCUUGUUACCACAGUGUGUUUGUGAUCCCUCAAUCACACUGAUAAAUGAACAAAGAAAGUCUGAAUCUUGGUGAAUAACAUGGUAAAAAGGACAUGGUUCACCACAUCAACUGCCAAGAAAAUUGAGUUUUUCUUUUGUGACAUUUUCUAUGAAAGACUCUGCUUUGGUGUGAAGGACAUUACCUGUCUGGGCCAUAGUUGUGGACCAGCCCCAAUCGUUGCGUCAUGGCCGACCGCAAAGCCUCCGUGAAGGCAAAUGGCAGCCCCUCGUCCACCAACCCAGAACCAGUGAAGGAGACCAUGCAGCUCAAAAAGGAGAUCUCACUGCUCAAUGGGGUCAGUCUGAUCGUUGGGAACAUGAUCGGGUCAGGCAUCUUCGUCUCCCCGAAGGGGGUGCUCAUCUACAGCGCCUCCUAUGGGCUGUCACUUGUAAUCUGGGUCGUCGGAGGCGUGUUCUCCGUGGUUGGGGCCCUGUGUUACGCUGAACUUGGCACCACCAUUACCAAAUCAGGCGCAUCCUAUGCCUACAUUCUGGAAUCCUUCGGUGGCUUCAUCGCCUUUAUCCGCUUGUGGACUUCUUUGCUGAUCAUAGAGCCCACCAGCCAGGCGGUCAUUGCUAUCACCUUCGCCAACUACCUGGUGCAACCUCUUUUCCCAACCUGUGAACCCCCUUACGUUGCAGGGAGACUGAUCGCUGCAGCCUGCAUCUGUCUUCUGACGUUCAUUAACUCGGCCUAUGUGAAGUGGGGCACCCGAGUGCAGGACGUCUUCACCUACGCCAAAGUUGCUGCUCUCAUUGUCAUCAUUGUCACUGGCAUCGUCAAACUGGGACAAGGCAACACCUCCAACUUUGAAGCAGCAUUUCAGGGAUCAUCCACUGACGCCGGCGACAUCGCCCUGGCGCUCUAUUCUGCUCUCUUCUCCUACUCCGGCUGGGACACACUCAACUUUGUCACCGAGGAGAUUCAAAACCCAGAACGGAACCUCCCUCUGGCUAUUGCCAUAUCGAUGCCCAUCGUCACCGUCAUCUACAUCCUGACCAACGUGGCCUACUACACUGUGCUGGACAUGAGUUCCAUCCUGGCCAGUGAUGCCGUGGCUGUGACGUUUGCCGAUCACACGCUUGGUGUCAUGAGCUGGAUCAUUCCCAUUGCCGUGGCUCUCUCCUGCUAUGGAGGCCUGAACGCGUCCAUCAUUGCUGCGUCCAGGUUGUUCUUCGUAGGCUCACGAGAGGGUCACCUGCCAGACGCUCUGUCUAUGAUCCACAUUGAGAGGUUCACACCCAUUCCAGCACUCCUCUUCAACUGUGGCAUGUCGCUGAUCUACCUGACGGUCAAGGAUGUUUUCCAGCUCAUCAACUACUACAGCUUCAGCUACUGGUUCUUCAUGGGCUUGUCCAUCGCCGGGCAGAUUUACCUCCGGUGGAAGGAGCCUGACCGUCCAAGGCCUCUGAAGCUCACUCUUCUGUACCCGAUCGUGUUCUGCUUGUGCUCCAUCUUCCUGGUGGUGGUUCCGCUCUACAGCGACACCAUCAGCUCCCUCAUCGGCAUCGGCAUAGCACUCUCCGGGGUGCCGGUCUACUUUUUCUGCAUCUACCUGCCCGAGUCCAAACGACCGCCCUUCAUCACCAAGCUGUUGCAGUCCUUCACCCACAUGACCCAGUACACAUGCUACUGCGUCCUCACAGAGCUGGACAAGAGUGAGUAGCCAAACAUUUGGAAGAAAAGCUUGACUCUCUCGUGUCCACUGUGCUGUGCUUGCACGUGACGGAUGUGCAGGCCCCGGUCACUUCACCGUCACCAACCCUGCUGCUGUGCCUGCGAGUCCGUGGGACAUGACAGUGACUCGCGUGGCUCCGUGUCAAAGACUGACACCAAAGUUUUUCACCCUGCCAUCUUGUUUUGCCUUUUAAAGAUGUUUUACAGUUUCUUGUUUCUCUUCAUGUCCUUUGUUCUGACCGGCAAAUGAUUUUUUCUGUUCAUGAACCACUCCACGUUUAUUGGCUUUUUAAACUUAAAAUCAUAUUUUAAAGAUUCAGGGCGACAUUUGCACAGCAGUUUUACAUGAAGGAACUGAUGAAGCUCAGAGAUAUAAUGUUAAAUAACUAUGCUACUACAUCACGACCAGCUGCUGAAUACCUUUUAUACUAUUUUACCUGCCAAAAGUGCAACUUGUGCGGACAGGCAGUGGUCAGUACCUGUCGCAAGUGGUGCAAGGUCAUGCAGGUCAAAUUGUGAUAUGACUGCAGUCGAUUUAAAGAAUGUUUCUCACUCUGAAGACAGCGAUGUGUCAAACAUCGAUACACAACUUUAUGAAUUGUUGCACCGGAGAUAAACUGACAUUUAAUUUCUCUACCUCUGGAGAUUUUUUAUGUUGUUUAAUAUUGGAUCUUCUUUUGUCGGAAUAAAUAAACAUCU